GCGGUUGCUUCUGCCUCGGGUUUUUCUUUUUCUGCAGCUUUUCUUUUCUUCCCGUCUUCUUAUAUCUCUCUCUGUCUACUCCCUUUUUGAUUGACGCCUCCGCCGAGCGCAUCGGGAUAGUGAAAGAAAGAAAGAAAGAGAGAAGCUCAGCUGUACGAAACAGCAUCGAAGAUGAAGAUUAACGUGAAAACUUUGAAGGGUACUCACUUCGAGAUCGAAGUCAAACCCGACGACACGGUUGCUGAUGUGAAGAAAAACAUAGAAUCAGUCCAGGGUCUAGAUGCUUACCCAGCUGUACAACAAAUGCUUAUUCAUCAAGGAAAAGUUCUUAAAGAUGCCACAACGCUGGAUGAAAACAAAGUUUCUGAAAAUAGUUUUCUUGUCAUUAUGUUGACCAAGAAUAAGAGCUCAUCUAGUGGAGGUUCAAGCACAGCGGCUAUGGCUACAAGUCAGGCCCCUUUGGCUGGAUCUGCCCCUCCUACUUCAACUCCGGUGUCAACACCUCAAGCACCUGCUCCAACCUCGGCUCCUCCACCAUCUGCUCCUGCACCAAUUCCUGCAGCUGCUCCUGUGCCAAUUCCUGCUGCUGCUCCUGCGACUAUUGUUACUGCUUCCAGUACAGAAACAGAUGUCUAUGGUCAGGCAGCAUCAAAUCUUGUUGCAGGCAAUAAUUUUGAGGAAACCAUUCAGCAAAUUCUUGAUAUGGGUGGAGGGAGUUGGGACAGAGAUACUGUUGUACGUGCUUUGCGUGCUGCUUUCAACAACCCAGAGAGAGCUGUUGAAUAUUUAUAUUCCGGUAUACCAGAGCAAGCAGAAGUUCCCCUUGUUCCACGGCCUCCUGCGAGUAGUCAAGCUACCAACACUCCUGCCCAGGCUCUACAACCUGCACAACCAGCCCCUCCUUCCAGCGGACCAAAUGCGAAUCCACUGGAUCUAUUCCCACAGGGUCUUCCAAAUGUGGGUUCUAAUGCUGGUGCCGGUUCGUUGGACUUUCUACGCAACAGUCAACAGUUCCAAGCAUUGCGAGCUAUGGUGCAGGCAAACCCCCAAAUUUUGCAGCCCAUGCUACAAGAACUAGGGAAGCAAAAUCCACACCUAAUGAGGCUUAUUCAAGACCAUCAAGCUGACUUCCUUCGCUUGAUCAAUGAACCUGUUGAAGGAGCAGAAGGGAAUCUAUUGGGGCAACUGGCAGCAUCUAUGCCACAGUCUGUGACUGUCACACCUGAGGAGCGUGAAGCCAUUGAACGGCUUGAGGCCAUGGGCUUUGACCGAGCCAUUGUACUGGAGGUGUUCUUUGCCUGCAACAAGAACGAAGAGCUGGCUGCCAACUACCUUCUAGAUCACAUCCAUGAAUUUGAAGAAUAAUCAGUCGGUGAAACAAAAAUUGCCCUUACUUUGUUUUAUGUUUAUCCUUCUUCCUUGUUUCCUUCGUUCUUUUUAUGCGUUGAGAAGUCUAUAUUAUGGAGUAGACAAGGAGUCCAAGAACAUUUCUUCACUCUCACAACCUCAUCUUCUCUUAGUUUUUCUUUGUGAAGAUUUAUUACAAUAUAUAAUGUGUUCGUAAUCA